AUGCGCUCCUUCGCUGUCCUUCUCUCUGCUUUCACCAUGGUGUACGCCGCCUGCCAUGAAAGCGGUGUUGAAUAUGCCACGCAAAAGACCUUCGCCCUUGGCAAGGCCCGCGAGGCUUGCGAGCUGAAGUUCGCUAUCAACAAAUGGUCCCCUGGCGAAGCCCUCGGUGCUUGCUACAACUUGGACAGCACCAAGAAGAUAGACUUGGUCGUGGAGCGGAUCAGUACCGAAGAUAACGAGAGGGAGCUCACCGUGGACGAGUGCUACGAUGGCUUACAGAAGGAGAUCAACAGCUGUGCCCAUGGUGGCACUAGCUCUUACACCAACUGGAAGUACAGUGCCGAUCCCAAUGCUGGACAGUGUAACAAGGAUAACUAG